AUGAGGUUGUCAGCGGAAAAAAAAGGUUUAAAUUUGGACGGAAUUCUUGAAAGAACAAAUCCUUACCGAACCGAAUUUAAUGAAUUUAAGAGCAAUUAUCACGAUCGUCGAUGGCAGGUCAUCGAGAACCUUGUUCCAAAGGAGGACAUUAUUUACCACGCGAAAAUUUUGCCCAAGAUCUCGGACGAUUACCUCGAACAUACAAAGUUCUUUACAAGAUCUCACUUUUCCCAGAAAUGCAGGAUUCGUAAAACGGUUUUCGUGGAAGGAAACGAAAGAAGUCUUGGCAGCGCGGAAACCCAACAAUUCUUAUAA